ACAGAUGCUCGUGCGUUCCAUAGGAACGAGAGAUUAACCCUAAGUCCCGGGACUGAUUCAUUAAAAAAAAAAAAACAAACCGUAGAAUUUUUUUCAUCAUCUCUUUUGUUUUCAUUUAUUGUUUUGCUAUCUUCAGUUCCCCCACCCAUUUUCUCUGUCAAAAAAGGCAAAAUAUGAGUCGAAAAUUGUCCAUGAGACGGCCGCAAUAGACUUCAUUAAUUUCACAAAUUCUCAUUCGAUUAAUCCCCUAAUCAAUGACGAACAUUUAUUCUGACGCAGCGGAGAUAAAAAUUCCCGCGCAUCUGGAAAAUCCAGCGUAAUUCUAAUUGAGAUAAGUAAAAAGAUAAUCACAGUGAGAAUGAUUCGAUGGACUCUGGAACUUGGGAAGCAAUGUACUAGUCAUUACAGCCUAGCUAUGAAAUUCACAAACUCAGACACGUGCGUUAACAUCGGAAAUACCACGUUCUCCAGCGUUUCGUUAUUGAGAAUUCGAAUACGAAUUCUCAAUAAUUCUCAUUUCUCGAUAGCCAAAAUCUCCGCGCAAUGCACCCCAACCCCAGAACGCCAUGAGAAUGACGGCGAUUUCUAAUGCUUCGAGAGAGAGAAAGCGUUCAAAAAAUGUAUUAAUUUUUUUCCUGCUCAUAAAUCGAUUGGAAUUAACAAAAAAUAAAAAAUAAAAAAAUAAGGAUUCAUGUAAAGAAUGAAAAUGCGGCUUAAUGUAAGGGGGCAGAAUGAGAUGCAAAAUUCCGCGCCCGUAUAUUAUCCAAAUCCGGCGGAAAAAACGACAGCACAAUAUUAUCUUUUUUUAUUCUUCUCAUUUCAAUCGGCCGAUCCCUGGGGAUUGACGCGGAGUCGUCACCGGUUGGCACAGAGUCCCGAUAUGUCGGGACAUGGUUGUGAUACUCCGAUCGUCUCCCUGCCAGACUCCAUUUGCGUAUCACUCGGUCAACUCUCAAACUGCCACGCACUCGUGAGAGAAAAAAAAAAGGAGAGGAAUUUUUUUAUCUCGUCGGUUACUCUUGUUUUCACCACCUUACGCGACCAUUCCGCUCCAUUGGUGGAUCAGUUCCGGAGUGACAGUCAAACGCGCGCCACGUCUUCCUCCUCUCCUUCACUCAAAAUUAUCAUUUUCAAGCUAGAGUUCUGGUUGAGAAGCCCCACUAGAGCACAAGUUGUGAAUGUCUCUUCAUUAGUUUUGCGGAAUAAUUAAUUUUGUCAAAUAUGAUCAACGACACAACAAUAUUUGAUGAAAUGACCGAGGAAAUAUUGUUCUCAGUCCUCGGUUUUAACACAGACAAUCCAGAAAUGUCGUCAUCAUCUCACAACCCUACAUCCCUACCCUGUGAUUAUGAAAUAGCUUGCGGAACCCCUUGGAGUGAAAACUCGGAGAUUGAAAAUCAAUCGUCAUCGGCAAUCGAUUCAAUCGAGUGCUAUACGGAUCUGACGUACUCCCCGGAGGUGCCCUGGAAUGACUGGACAUCGUCAAACACGUCUGUGUCCGAUUGUCUCGGUGAUCUGGGCGAUCUAAACUCAGAGUUCGAUUGGUGUUUAGAUAAGGUGUGGGGAUCGGGUUUGCCGGAGAGAACGCCAAUGUGCACACCAGGCUGUGAGAGAUUUUUGCAUUUACCGCUGAUACAGCCACAACAAUCGUCUCAGUGUUAUCAACCGGAUGAACCACUUUUAGUGCUUGGAAUUGAUCUGAGAUCUUUGGAGAAUAAUCUCGAUAUGGAUUUUAAUAAUAACAGUGUUGGGGAGGAUUUGUUGUUGGUCAAGAGUGCUGAUUCUGCUCUUGCCACUCAUGAUUAUACUAACCGAAAUGUGGAAACUGCUGUUACUGAGGACCGAUGCUUCCCAUGCACUUAUCAGGGCUGUGUCAAGGUAUACGCCAAAGCUUCACACCUGAAAGCCCACCUUCGUCGCCACACAGGGGAAAAACCGUUUGCCUGUACCUGGGCAGGCUGUGGCUGGCGGUUCAGCAGAUCAGAUGAACUCGCACGACACAGAAGAUCCCAUUCAGGAAUCAAACCCUAUCCCUGCGAACUGUGCAGCAAAAGGUUCGCCAGGAGCGAUCACCUCGCCAAACAUCGCAAAGUACAUAGAAAAAAUGCAUACUCCAUGUUCCAACAACACCGCGGAGAUUUGCGCGGAAAAACGAGCAUUAUUACCGAUUUCUAGUACUAACAAUAAUCGGUGGAAGCUAUUCAACAUUUGCCAAAGAAUAUUCCAAAGAUCUUGGGAAGUGAAUAACCCGAACAGUAUCAAAAGCAUUUAGAGAUAGUGAAGUAGGAGAGCUUUUCAGGGGCGUAACUCGAUUUUCUGAAAGAUCAAUCAUUCAGGAUCAUCCAGAUGAUGGAUAUUUUCUUGAUAAAAGACAGCUUCAUUAUUUUUUAAUUUAAUUAGUUAUAGACAGAAUCUAAGAAUAUCCAAAAUCCAUGUGGUUUUUUUUUAUCUUUCAUCGAUGAAAAAAAGAACGAGUCAAUUCAACGCAUAAACAUCCGCUCUUAUUCGAUGGAAUAGCAAAAACGCAGAUACGAUAAUUCCUUGGAUAUUCUCACGAACUCUCUUCAUGAGGCAGUUAGACAUAAUAAAACAUGGGAGUGAAAUUUGCCACGAAUAAUAAAAUUGAUGAAAUAAAAAACUCACGGUGUCCUUAGU